UUACCGAAUAAGCUAGAGAAAGAAGUAUGGGAUCAUAGUGUAACAAUUGUAAAUGUGAAAAGGAGAAAUAUUUGGAUAUUGAGAAAGCAGUAUUUAAAGAUCUAUUAUACUUUUAGGAAUAUGUAGUUGUUGUUGCUACAUCUUCUUAAAAAUCAACUUCAAAAGUAAUUGUAAAAAAUAAAAUGGCAACCCUAAUUUAAAAAUAUUGGCGAGGUUAUUAUGUUAGAAAAAAGCUGACAUAUUAGAAAAUAAUAGAAUCAAUACCUUAAAAAACAAUUCAUACAAAUGAAAUUGAUCAACAAGAACAAUUUGAAUCUGGAAUAAGCAUAAAUUAAGAUUAAUUUGAGAGAGAAACUCGUUAAGCAUAUAAGUAUAUAAAUAAAAAGUAUUAGAUUCAAAGGUGGAGCAGUUUAUACAGGAGAAUGGAAAGGAUAAGCAAGAGAUGGAUUUGGAAUAUAAGUAUGGCCAGAUGGAGCAAAAUAUGAAGGAGAAUGGAGACAUAAUAAAGCUUAAGGAAAAGGAUAAUUUACUCAUUCAAAUGGAGAUAUAUAUAAUGGAAAUUGGGAGAAUGAUAUGGCAAAUGGUUAUGGAGUCUAUUAACAUAUUGAUGGUGCUAAAUAUGAAGGAUAAUGGUUUAAUGAUAAACAACAUGGAUAUGGUUAUGAAAUUUGGCCAGAUGGAUCAUCUUAUUAAGGAUUCUUUUAAAAUAGUUUUAAACAUGGAAAAGGUUUAUUAUAUUUUUAAAUUAGGAAAAUAUAUAUGGCCAACUGGAUAAUAUUUUGAAGGAGACUGGGUUUUAAACAAACUGAAUGGAUUAGGUGUUUUAGUUUGGCCAGAUGGUAGAAAAUAUGAAGGAGAAUUCUAGAAUAAUAAUAUGCAUGGUAAAGGAACUUAUACUUGGCCAGAUGGAAGAAAAUAUUAUGGUUAAUAUUUUAAUGAUUAAAAACAUGUAUUUCUUAAUGUUUUAUAAAAGGGUUAUGGAAUAUAUGAAUGGAGUGAUGGAAGAAGAUAUGAAGGAGAAUGGGAAAAUGGAAAAUAACAUGGAAAGGGAUUAUAUAUUGUUGGAGAAUUAGAAAGAACAGGAGAAUGGCUUAAUGGAAAAAGAAUUAGAUGGGAUGAUGAAAAGAAAACUAAUUAUAAAAAAUGA